ACUCUGGACUGUCGGAUGUUUGGUGAGCGCGCUGUUCGUGAGGCCGAUGAAGAGGUGGUACCCGAGCGGCAAGAGCGCAGGAAACUACGAGGACUGAGCCAAUGGAGGGGGCCGCGGAUAAAGAGCCUCCGGCCUUCUCGAUGCCUCAACCCCCGCCGUCGUUGUCCUCUUCUAGUACGGAGAAUGAGGCGGAGAGCCGCCAGGACUCGGAGGAGAGGAGCGGGGACAGGGCCGCCCUCAACCUGCUGGAGACCUGCUCGGUGUGCCGGUUGAAUAUCCAGAGCCGGAGCCCUCGCUUGCUUCCUUGCCUGCACUCCCUGUGCCUGCGCUGCCUGCCACCUCCGGAGAGAUACCUGAGCAUGCCCGCUGGGCCCGUGCAGCACGCCGCCCCGGGGCCCCCGCCCUACCCCGGCACCGUGCAGGUUGGCGUUAUCCGGUGUCCGCAAUGUAAUCAGGAAUGCGCAGAAAGAGAUAUAAUCGAAAACUAUUUUGUUCGUGACACGACGGAGGUCCCGAGCAGCACUGUAGAGAAGCCAAGCCAGCAAGUGUGUACAAGUUGCGAAGAUAAUGCCGAAGCGCGUGGCUUUUGCGUGGAGUGCGUGGAAUGGCUGUGUAAGAACUGCGUACAGGCCCACCAACGGGUGAAAUUUACCAAGGACCAUACGGUGCGGCAAAAGGAGCAGGUCCCCCCAGAAGCGGUUGGUGUAAAUAGCCAGCGUCCUGUUUUUUGCCCUUAUCACAAGAAAGAGCAACUGAAAUUAUACUGCGAGACUUGCGAUAAGCUGACCUGCCGGGACUGUCAACUUCAGGAACACAAGGAGCACAGGUAUCAGUUCAUCGAGGAAGCUUUCCAGAGCCAAAAGGUGAUAAUCGACACUUUGAUCGCAAAAUUAAUGGAGAAGAACAAAUACAUAAAGUUUACCGGAGACCAGAUUCAAAAUAGGAUCCUUGAAGUAAACCAGAACCAAAAGCAAGUGGAACAAGAUAUAAAAGUUGCAGUCUUUACCCUCAUGGUGGAAAUUAAUAAACGAGGCAAAGCCCUGCUGCAGCAACUGGAGGCUUUGGCCAAGGAGCGCCGUUUGAAGCUUUUGAAGCAGCAGCACGAAGUGGACGGGUUUUCAAAGCAGCUGGAGCACGUGGUUUACUUCUCCAAGUGGGCCGUCGGCAGCGGCAGCAGCACGGCGUUACUCUACAGCAAGCGCUUGAUUACCUAUCGCCUGCGCCACCUACUUCGCGCGAGGUGUGAUGUCACCCCAGUGACCAACACCGUCCAGUUUCACUGUGAUGCAAACUCGUGGGCUCAGAAUAUCUUCAACCUAGGCUCCCUGGCUAUUGAAGAGGGAGAUCCCUCUCCUCACACGACUCCUAUGGAGGUUCAGAGUUCUCAGGGGAACCAACCCGUCAGCCUGCUCUCCAAGUUCCCGACUCAGAUCAGCCUGGCCCAGCUGCGGAUCCAGCACAUGCAUCAGCAAAUCAUGGCCCAGCGGCAGCAGGCACAGCGCCGGCCGGCCCCUAUGGGGCUCCAGAAUCCCACCGUGCCCCCACACCCUAUGGGCAUGAAUAACCCUAGGGGGCAAGGCCCCGUACAGCAGCAAUCCAGCAACCAGGUGCAACGUUUUGUGAACGUCCAGAAUGUGAACCCUCGCUCCAACGGCAUGCUAAUCCCCGGUCAGCCUGUGCGCUACCCUCACAACCCUCAAACCGGGCAGGAACAGCAGAAUAUAUCGCACGUGCAGAAUAUGCCACGAAGGCCGGGUCCUGUCGGCCCUGUGAGAGUUGGUUAUAUGCCGCAGCACAACAUGAAACAGUGGCAGGCCAGCGGGGGUCCGGCAACUUCAUCCGCCGGCAGCUUCACAUCCACCCCGUCCAGUCCCACGAUUUCCAGUGUUGCCAGUAGCGAGGGCAAGCGCCUGUCUUCACCCAUUAUGGACUUGGUGAUUUCCGCCGCCAACUCGUUUAACCUCCCUCCCCUGCCAGAUAUUGACAGUACAGCCAAUGUCACCCUGGACAACGUUAUACGGAAGGAUGGCAGCAAUGAAAGUCACAGACAGCUGUCUCACCGGACUGUCCAGUCUCCCAACUCAUCCGUGCCGUCUCCUCUAGGAUCUUCAGCGGCUAUUCCCCCACCAAUACGCACCUCGAGUGCAUCAAGCGUUGGAAGCAGGGAAAGUUCCGGCUCCUCUAGCAAGCCCACAGGUGGGGCAGACUCGACGCAUAAAUUCCCGGUGGUAAGGCUGGAGCCCAUCAGAAUAAAAGCCGAGAACCCCGCGGAGAACGAGCCUCCGGAGUACCCAGCGGUAGUUGUGAAACAGGAGAACAGACGGCGACAGUCGGCAUCUCGCAGCUCUGAAGUCUCAGGAAGCAUCUUAACACCCAUGCUGCUGGACAGUAACGGUAACUGCACCGCCAAGGUAGAUGCUGCCCCCCGAAGAGAUGCCCCCGACAGUACCGGGGACCGACAUGUUUUACAAGAUCCCCCCCCCUACACGGGAACAGACGACUGGAUUUCUCAGGGUCACGCGACGGAGGGCGGCAAGGAAGACGACCCGAACGAAGACUGGUGCGCCGUCUGCCAGAACGGGGGGGAGCUGCUCUGCUGUGAGAAAUGCCCCAAGGUUUUCCACCUCUCCUGUCACGUGCCUACACUCAAAAACUUCCCCAGCGGUGAGUGGAUUUGCACUUUCUGCAGAGAUCUCUCCAGACCAGAGGUAGAGUACGACUGUGAUGACCCGUCUCUGGCGGAGAAACGGAAAGCGGUGGCUCAGUGUAUGUUACCGUUGGACCAGAGAAAGUGCGAGAGGCUUCUCUUAUACCUCUUCUGCCACGAGAUGAGCCUCGCGUUUCAAGACCCCGUACCUCUUACUGUGCCUGAUUACUACAGAAUAAUAAAAAGGCCGAUGGACCUUUCGGCCAUAAAGAGAAAGCUCCAAAUAAACAACUUCCCAAACUACUCUCGCCCGGAAGAGUUCGUCAGCGACGUCCGGCUGAUCUUCAAAAACUGCAUGGAAUUUAAUGAGCCUCAAUCAGAAGUGGCUAAAGCCGGCAUUAAACUGGAGGCGUACUUUGAGGAGCUGCUUACAAAUGUUUACCAGGACAAAAAAAUUCCCAGAAGCGGGAGCCACAAAGACGAAUUGGGAGUGAGCGAGGACUCCGAAGACGAAUUCGUGGCACCUCGAAAAAAACGUUACAAGGGCGAGGAGCGCCAGAUACUCAAAUGAACUCUUUUCCCCCCCCAAAGCUGCACAUAGGAGCUCGUGUACAUAGGACAAAAUAUGGUUCUUUUGAAGAUGGACAAAAAGAACGGUAUACUUUUGAAACGGCUGUGAGCCUGUGAAUCGUAACGCACAUAGGAUACAGCUCGAAUACACGGUGCACAGAGGUAGUACACUGCAUUACUCGGAGCGUGCUACCAAUGCAGGUGGCCAUAUCGACAGACCCAAAGUGCAUUCUGGACCUGCAUGUGAACUUGCAUUGGGAGCGUCCUCAGGAUGGUUUCCAUGCCGCACAGAUCUUUUAUUUUACUGCAUUCAUCCCUUUUUUUGUUUUAUUAAUUUUGUUAUCUGCAACUUGGCCUGCCACUUACCACCUGUUGAUGAAACCAAAUAUCGUUAUUCCAAAGCAAUCCGUAGAACUAACAGGAACCUCUGCCCGCCGCCGGAAGACGUCCGUUCAACAUCUCUGCAGUUUGUGAGCCGGAGAGAGAGAGAAGCCUCGCGCCCGUAAGGGUUGUGGCACGGAUGCCUUCUGAUUACUUUUCCUUGCUCGUUUCCCUAAUACCCCCAACGCAGUUCUGAUGCUUAUUUUUGCCCAACAUCAGGAAGUUGAACUUAAAAAAAAAAGCAUGGAUUUGGGACAGACUUCUCUAGAUCACGAUUUGUGGUCAGGGCAGACAGAAAGGUUAUGAGGUCGUUUUACCCCCCCCCUUACUCUGUAGCGUGAGCUCAUUUAUUUUGCACAAAGCUCCAACAUAAGGAGUACCAUGUUAAUUUAUCAAAAAAGUUGGUUAUUUAGUUCAGUUUGUUUUGGGUUUCUUUCUUUAAACGAUUUAACCGUGAUUUGAGAAGAAAUCUGUAUUUUCUCUGCAGGCUGUGUGACCAUGAAGUACGUCGAUGAAAUUAAUUUUGUCUUUUCUUAUUCUCCCAUUUGUCUCAUUUCCACUCACCUCUCGGAUACUUUCAAUAACUUUCAUACUGUUUUUGUGUCCAACUGAGGCGCGUUUGGUCCCGUUAACCCUUUCUAAAACGAAAGUUGCUUUUUUUUUUUGUUAUUUUCUGUUACGGGGAAGAAAAAAAAAAGCGUUUGGAGAUUUCAUGACUUGGUCUACGCUCAAUCGUUUCGUUUCUUUGCCGCGCUUGUAUAUAUUUUCACGAGUGGCCGCGCACGUUUUUGAUAUUUUGAAGCAGUGUUAGUAUGGGGUCGGAGUGGCCCGCCGUGAACGCUCCAGCAUUCUCCUUGCUGUAGUAAAUGGUGCAUUACAACGAACCUUUUGGAACCUGCGCUGUGUUCUAUUCAUUUCUUAUAAACUCCGAGCAAUGAGUAAAA